CAUUCUCCCCCAAAUACUCCCCUCGUUCACGUUGUCAAUUAUUCCACAUUCGUUCUUCACACUCCCUUCACAACGUUCAUCAGCUGUGACCCUCUCCGAUCUCCGUCUAGACAUCCGAUCUCCGGCGCCGGCUACUGCUCUUUCUCCGAUCCGAUAAGGGAGGAAGUUAUACACUACAGAGAAGAUAUCUAAUUGAGUGUGGUUUAGGAGAAGAAACAUACAUAGGUACAGGUGAAGAGGGACUAGAGAGAAAGAGAAAAAUGGCAGUGGAGGAUGAUAAGGUAAAGAGAACUCGAGAUCUGCUGUCGAGUUUCUAUUCACAGGAUGCUUCUCAGACUUCUGCUCCCACCAACACCACAUCAAGAUUUGCCACUCUCGACACUAUCAACACCACCUCCUUCGAUGCCGAUCAGUACAUGAACCUUCUUGUACAAAAGUCAAAUCUGGAAGGCCUCCUUCAGAGACAUGUGGAAAUGGCUGCUGAAAUCAAGAAUCUUGACACUGACUUGCAAAUGUUAGUGUAUGAAAAUUAUAACAAGUUUAUCAGUGCUACAGAUACAAUUAAAAGAAUGAAGAAUAAUAUUGUUGGUAUGGAAGUAAAUAUGGAGCAACUCCUUGAGAAGAUAAUGUCAGUGCAGUCGCGAAGUGAUGGGGUCAACACUUCACUUUUUGAAAAGAGAGAGCAUAUAGAGAAAUUACACCGCACCCGUAAUCUAUUGCGCAAAGUUCAGUUUAUAUACGAUCUUCCUACCACGCUUGGAAAAUGCAUCAAAUCUGAAGCAUAUGGUGAUGCAGUGAGGUUCUACACUGGAGCCAUGCCAAUAUUUAAGGCAUAUGGGGACUCCUCAUUCCAGGAUUGUAAGAAAGCAUCUGAAGAAGUAAUGUCAGUUAUCGUUAACAAGCUUCAGGAUAAGGUUUCUUCUGAAUCUGAAUCAAUACAAGCAAGAGCGGAGGCUGUAAUGCUUCUUAAGCAGUUGGAUUUUCCGGUUGAAAAUUUGAAAUCCAAGCUUCUUGAAAAUCUAGAGCAGUUCCUUGGGGAACUUGAUCUCUCUAAAGAGAUAACAGGCAUGGGUUCUCGUGAAUCUACCAAUGAAGGAAGUGAAUCUGAUUCCAUUCCUUGUGUUCCCGAGCAACUGGUCAAACUCGUGCAAUAUUUAACCACAAGGCACUUUGAAGCUGCCAGACAAGAAAUACAGCAACGGAUAUCUCCAGAAAAAUUAUCCAGCCGACUUCGGUUUAUAUGGACUGAUGUCCUCCUGAUGGAUGAAGUCUUACCAGAGGCUGGUGUACAAGAUUUUGGUUUCGAGGCUGCUUGUGUUGCUGUGAGUGAGUAUGUUGCCAGUGCUUUUACCCAUCUUCUUCAUGAAAUAUCCGACACUCUCCUGCAAAUUCAAAAGGAAGAUGGCACAGGCAAGGAGUAUCCUUUGGGAGCUGCCCUUGAGGCCACCAAAAAUACUUUGAUUCAAGGCAGUACAAAACUCUUAUUGGAUUUCCGUGUUGUUCUUGAUGAAGAGUUGGGAUUGAUAUUGAAGCUAAGAGACAUGAUGAUUGGUUGGAUACAUGAAGGGUUUCAGAGGUUCUUCAGACGACUUAAUGAUGAGUUACUGUUGCUCUCCGGACAAAAUAUUAAUGUUAAUGUUGUACAACAACAAGAAGAGCAGCAGCAGCAGGAGAGGUUACAAGGUGACAAGGUCCCUGCUGGGGCUGUACUUGUGAUAUCCCAGCUAUCUGUUUUCAUUGAAAGAGAAGCCAUCUCAAGAGUGUUGUGUUCCAGCCUCCAAAGCUACAAUAGCCAUUUUUGUUGACAAAAUGAUACCUAGGGUGGCAAAGUCUUCCCAUCCUAUGAUGAACACAAUUAAUAGACGCAACUAUAAUGGUGGCUGCCAAGACUAUAAAUAGAGGCUUCAUUCUUCAGUUGUAUGCAUCCCAAAUAUAGAGAAACAAAUGUUAUAACACUUAGAGUGAGAGUGUUAGUGAGAGGGUUGGUUUUUGUAAUAGUUGAGUGUGAGAGUUGCUCCUCCUAUUGUAAUUCUAUUUUAGUUUUUAAUAGAAGAGUUUUCCGACCCCAACAACUGGUAUCAGAGCCCCGUUUGGUGUCCAG